GGGCAGCAUCCGCAGCUCUCAUUGAUAAAGUAGAGCUGCUGUGAGCUGGAGGAGCGCCACUGGACACAUCGCAUCAUGCUCUCACACGCGCACUUCCUGGGUGUUUGUUUACGGCUGACACCGCGGCGGCGGCAUCACUCGCGGAGCACGCGCGCGCCGCUCACGCGGCGGCAGCCUGGUCAGUGAGCGGGGCAGCAGCAUCUUCUCCACCAUCUUUUAUUUGUUUUUUUUUUGGGGGGGGAAUGUGGUCCGAGGUCCUUUCAAAGAACGAAGCACACCUGUAACCGAGGCGGAGGAUCUGAUCUGGGAUCAGGGUUUUUCGGAGGAGCGACGGAACCGCCAAACUCAGCGGCAUAAAGCUGCAGCCACAGUCUCCUCUUCGUUGCAUUGAACAACUUUCGCCCCUCUGUCUCUUCGCCCCCCGUCAGCCUGUCCGUCAUCCUGGGAUCUACAGAGGCAAGCGGGGUGCCGGUGUCGGCCAUGAAGCUGGUGAACGGAGGAGGAGGAGGGGGAGGAGGAGGAGGUGGAGGGGGAGAGAAGACGGCCUUUUCCUUUAAGAAGUGCUCCGCUUUCCAGUUUGUCAAGAGGAAGGUACGGAGAUGGAUGCAAAACCCCAAGGUGAGCGUGGAGAAGUCGCAGGGCAAAGGUCUCCUGUACCCGUGUCCCAAGUGUCCGCUGGCGGAGGACCUGUGGUACACGCACGUCCCGUCGCCGUACGGCUGCUGCCACUACUCGGGCCUGCAGGGCGGCCAGUACUACCGGCCCGAGCCCUGCUCGCCGUGCCUCGCCGUUGGGCAAGGCAGCGGCCGCGACAAGAGCAAAGGCUGCAAGGCCAGGAAGUGGAGGAUGCUGGCUCGUCACCACGGCGAUGGAGGCAAACAGAAGGAGGCCGAGUCGGACGUCCACCUGGGCGGCUGUCAGUACUGGGGCGUCCAUAGCUCGCCCCUCCUGGCCAGCCCUGUCAUGCUGGAGUGCUCCAUCUGCAGCGGGCCCUACAUCAGCUACGCCCUGGAGGACACCUGGCAGCCGCGGCAGCGCACGCAGGCCAUGGACCUGUACUACCACAAUGAGUCAGACCCAGACAGCUACUGUUGCCCUGGCGACAACACCUUUAUGAAACAGAGGAGGAUGGGUCUGAACGACUUCAUUCAGAGGCUUGCCACGAACUCCUACGCCUGCAAGCAUUCUGAAGUUCAGUCCAUUCUGAACUUAAGUCCUCCUCAAGAUGCUGAGCUCAUGAAUGCGAACCCCUCCCCUCCUCCCAGUCCGUCCCAACAGAUCAACCUCGGACCAUCGUCCAACCCCUCGGCCAAACCCAGCGACUUCCACUUCCUCAAGGUGAUCGGCAAGGGCAGCUUCGGCAAGGUGCUGCUGGCGCGCCACCGCACCGACGACCAGUUUUACGCCGUCAAGGUCCUACAGAAGAAGGCCAUCCUCAAGAAGAAGGAGGAGAAACACAUCAUGUCAGAGAGGAACGUGCUGCUGAAGAACGUCAAGCACCCGUUCUUAGUGGGCCUGCACUACUCUUUCCAAACAGCCGACAAACUCUACUUCGUGUUGGACUACAUCAAUGGAGGAGAGUUGUUCUACCACCUACAGCGAGAGCGCUGCUUCCUGGAGCCGCGAGCCAGGUUCUACUCGGCAGAGAUCGCCAGCGCCCUGGGCUACCUCCACUCCCUCAACAUCGUCUACAGGGACCUGAAACCAGAGAACAUCUUGCUGGACUCCCAGGGACACAUCAUUCUCACGGACUUCGGCCUGUGCAAGGAGAACAUCGAACCCAACGGAACCACGUCGACCUUCUGCGGUACACCAGAGUAUUUAGCCCCCGAGGUGCUUCACAAGCAGCCUUAUGAUAGGACAGUGGACUGGUGGUGUUUAGGGGCUGUCCUCUAUGAGAUGCUCUACGGUCUGCCUCCUUUCUACAGUCGCAACACAGCAGAGAUGUACGACAACAUCCUGAACAAGCCGCUUCAGCUGAAACCCAACAUUUCCAACGCAGCCAGACACCUGCUGGAGGGCCUGCUGCAGAAGGACCGGACCAAGAGGCUGGGCUGCACCGAGGACUUUGUUGAAAUCAAGAACCACAUAUUCUUCUCCCCCAUCAACUGGGACGACCUGAACGCCAAGAAGAUCACGCCUCCUUUCAACCCCAACGUGACGGGACCCAACGACCUCCGACACUUUGAUCCAGAGUUCACAGAUGAGCCGGUGCCUAGCUCCAUUGGCUGUUCCCCAGACAGCGUGCUCGUCACAGCCAGUAUCAAAGAGGCUGCCGAGGCGUUCGUGGGCUUCUCCUAUGCCCCAGCAAUGGACUCCUACCUAUAGGAUUUAAACACAGGCACUCAGCGGACACUAGUGUUGACUUACACUACCCUACGUGAACUGUUGCAUCUUGACCCCGGCCCACAUUUUCCAUUAGCUCGAUAGGCGUCUCCGAACCAACACACAGCAGCGCUGCACCUACAAAGAAUUCAUACACGAGUACGUGCCGUAGUCUCUCCAACUCUUGAAUGCACUGAAGAAGAUUCGCCACAGGAGAAAAGUUCGGCAUAUCCUGAGUUGCCAAUGCACAAAUCUUUCAAUCUACUACACACAGCAGACACAAACAACAAGACUCUCUGCCUUUAAAUAAGCAUCUUUAACCUGAUAGUGAAGGUCCUUUGCACAUAGCUCAGGCAGCUUAAAAGCACGCUCGAUCCCGAAACUACAACACAAACAAGCACACACCAACUUCCACCUUGUUAAGGCUGACUAUACUGUAGCAGCCCUGAAAAGGAUUUCCAUCUUCAUCUAUGUAGCAAAACAUCUUGUUUGUAGAUUCUGUCUACGAUCCAUGGGGACCUACCUGCUGAGUUAGAGCGAGUAACUUGGAGAUGACAUUCAUUUUGGUGCUUUAGUUUCUUCUUGUUUUCGUUCUGUGUUUCUAAAGGGAGUCAUCUUGUAUCUGAAUGUUACAGAGGGGGGGGCGUCUUAUUUCUCUGAGGUGCCUUUAUUUUUUUUCUCUCCAUCAGUGCUCAUAUCUUUUGGGUUUGUCUGUGUCCACAGCGUUAAAGUUUCGCCCGUCUCAGAUGGCUGGAACUCUUUUUGUUUUUAUCACCAGUGAGGAGCGACACAGCGUUUUUAAUAAUAUCUGUUCUGUAUUUAACGCGUGAGACGUAGGAACUCAAACGAUAUUUUGUAUCUUCUUUUGCACAUAGAACAAUAAUAGUAAUGCUGAUAGAGGGAGAGAAAGAGAGAGAGCACUGCUGCUAGAUGAGAAAGACAGUGCGUUCAGAGGUGUUUGUCUUACCUCUGCUUGCCAACUGCGUCCCCCUCGUAUCGUCUUCCAUUUGUCUCACAAUAACGUAACGGCCGCCUGCAGACGGGCUGGCGACAUCAAAACUGAACAUUCCACUUUAAUAUUGCUGUAAUGCAGUUUGACGGUAUUUAAGUUUGUUUGUAUAUUUGGAGUCAUGUGUACUAGUUUUAAUGUAUAUUGAACAAAAAUGACUAAAGGUAUGCCUAAAUAUAUAUAAAUAUAUAUAUAUAUAUGUAACAAUUCAUGUUAAAUGUACUGUAAAUUGUAAAAUUGUCUAAGAUUAAUGUGACCAUGUUUUGGUUUGCAAUAAAAGUUUAACUUUA